CCAGCACCCAGCUCCAAUAUGUGAGUUAUCUUUACGGAUAUUUUUGUGGAAACCUGUAAUAUGUGGGUUGAAUUUCCCCUCCCUAUCAGCGCCCCAACCACUGGGAAGGCUUAAAAGUUAAAAUUCAUACGCUCCGCCCCAAAACGAUCUUCUCACUUGAUCAUACUCUCCCCCUGCUUGUGUCGGUUAAAACAUUGGACUCCUGUAUCACAAAUCCAACUGCCAACAGCUCCAGCCCCUGAUGCCCACAAGCUGUUUGAACAAAAACUCGUAGGACUGUCGUAUUCUCCUUUCGACCCAACUCAAACUUCUGCAUACAUACCUCUGCUUCUUACACUCCCUAAUUCUGAUAAUUCUGGUUGAACAUCACAAAAAAUUAUAGUAAUUAUCAGUGCUUCAUCCGCAUUCAAGAACUCCUUCGGUCGCAUUGCAAUUUCGCAUCACCGUCGCAGUGUCGAUUAAUCAAGUAAUUUGUAAUUGAAGCUUCUUGCGCGCUCGCACGACCCACUUCACCACAAGGAUCUUGAAUACUGAUUGAGGGUGCUGAAGAGGAAGUGAUUGAAAUGGCAAGCUACCUGUGGAGAAAAUAUGCUGAUUAUUUGUACACAAAGUGGGAAAAAACCUUUCUUUGGGACAUGGUGGAACCUUACAGAAGGCCCAAAUCCUUUACCCCAUUGGUCACUAUUUACAUUGCUGCUUUCUACUCUGGAGUCAUUGGUGCUGCCAUCACUGAACAACUCUACAAGGAAAAGUACUGGGAAGAGCACCCUGGAAAAGCAGUGCCUCUCAUGAGACCGAAGUUUUAUGGGGGUCCUUGGAGGGUCAUGGGCGGUAAUGAACCCCCAUCUAAAUGAAAGGCUCUGGAGGCAGCAUGUUUCAUACUUAAUUCCAAUUCACUUAAUGUUUUUUAUGAUUAAUUGAUUCUGUUUGGUGUCAACAACAUUUUACUACCGCAUACAUUUUUAUGGGCAAAAACCCUUUAUUAUAUCAGAGAGUGGGAUUUUCUCUUGGCUCGAGACUUUUUGUAAUUAUGUUCUCAAUAUCACUUGUUGGUUGGUAAUUAUUACAGGCAGAACAUGGCAAUUAGUUUCUAUGUUCGUGUUUAUGGAAUUAUUGGCCGUCCA